CGCACAUCGGUUGUUCGAUCGAGUGCCCAGCAAAGGGUGUACGUCGCGACAAUGGCGAGGCAACAGGCUGCUUCUUCCAUGCUUGCAGUUGCUCUCAUCGUUGCCUCCAUUCCUACAGCCGUGGACUCCAUCGGCGUCUGCUACGGCGUCGUGGGCAACAACCUCCCGUCCAGGAGCGACGUCGUGCAGCUCUACAGGUCCAGGGGCAUCACCGGCAUGCGCAUCUACUUCCCCGACAGGCAGGCCCUCGACGCCCUCCGCGGCUCCGGCAUCGCCCUCAUCCUCGACACCGGCAACGAUGACGACGUCCUCGCCCGGCUCGCCUCCAGCGCCUCCACCGCCGCGUCGUGGGUCCAGACCAACGUGCGCCCCUACUACCCGGCCGUCAACAUGAAGUACAUCGCCGUCGGCAACGAGGUCCAGGGCGCCGCCGCGCAGGCGAGGAUCCUCCCGGCGAUGCGGAACCUCGACGCCGCCCUGGCCGCGGCGGGGCUCGGCGGCAGCAUCAAGGUCUCCACGUCGGUGCGCUUCGACGCCGUCGCCAGCUCGUUCCCGCCGUCCAGCGGCGUGUUCGCGCAGGGGUACAUGGCCGACGUCGCGCGGUACCUGGCGGGCACCGGCGCGCCGCUGUUGGCCAACGUGUACCCCUACUUCGCGUACCGGGGCAACCCGCGCGACAUCAGCCUGGGCUACGCGACGUUCCGGCCGGGCUCGACGACGGUGAGGGACGGCGGCAACGGGCUGACCUACACCAACCUGUUCGACGCCAUGGUGGACGCGGUGGUGGCGGCGCUGGAGAAGGCCGGCGCGCCGAACGUGAGGGUGGUGGUGUCGGAGAGCGGGUGGCCGUCGGCCGGCGGGUUCGCGGCGAGCGUGGACAACGCGCGGAGCUACAACCAGGGGCUGAUCGACCACGUCGGGCGUGGGACGCCCAAGAGGCCCGGGGCGGCGCUGGAGACCUUCAUCUUCGCCAUGUUCAACGAGAACCAGAAGGGCGGGGACCCCACGGAGAGGAACUUCGGGCUCUUCUACCCCAACAAGCAGCCCGUGUACCCGAUCCGCUUCAUAGAAGUCUGGGCAGUCAUCGUCUUGGGAGAGAGGUCAAUGGCAGCAGCAGCUGCAGCUGCUGCUGCUCCCCCAUUCUUCUCCGGCUUCGACAUGGCGCUGCUCCUCGGAGUCUUGGCUGCUAUCCUUGCAAGGGCGGCGUCCGUUGGCGUGUGCUACGGCACGAGCGGCGACAACCUGCCGCCGGCGAGCACCGUGGUGGGCAUGCUCCGCGAGAACGGCUUCACCGUGGUGCGCCUCUACUGGCCGGACCCGGCCGCGCUCGCGGCGCUCGCCGGCACAGGCAUCAAGGUGGUCGUCGGCGCGCCGAACGACGUUCUGCCGGCGCUGGCCACCAGCGAGUCCGCGGCGGCGGCCUGGGUCCGGCAGAACAUCCAGGCCCACCCGCUGGUGACCUUCCGGUACGUCGUGGUCGGGAACGAGGUCCCCGCCGGCGAGACGGCGCACCUGGUGCCCGCCAUGGAGAACGUCCACGCGGCGCUGGCGGCGGCGGGGCUGGGGCACGUGAAGGUGACGACGGCCAUCUCGCAGGGCACCAUCGCCGUGCACCUCCCGCCGUCGGCCGGCGAGUUCACGGCGGAGGCGCUCUCGUUCAUGGGCUACGUGGUGGCCUUCCUGGAGCGGACCCGCGCGCCGCUCCUGGCCAACCUGUACCCGUACUUCGUCUACACCAAUACGCUGGGCAUGGACAUGAGCUUCGCGCUGUUCACGUCGCCGGGGACGGUGGUGCAGGACGGCGAUUACGGGUACCAGAACCUGUUCGACGCGACGGUGGACGCGCUGCACACGGCGGUGGCGAAGCUCGGGGGCGGCAGGGUGCGGGUGGUGGUGUCGGAGACCGGGUGGCCAACGGCCGGCGGCGCGGCGGCGUCAGUGGAGAACGCCAUGACGUACAACCAGAACCUGGUGCGGCACGUGCGGCAGGGCACGCCGCGGCGGCCGACGAGGAGGGUGGAGGCCUACGUGUUCGCCAUGUUCAACGAGGACCUCAAGGAGGCCGGCGUGGAGCAGAACUGGGGGCUCUUCUACCCCAACAUGGACAGGGUUUACCCAAUCACCUUCGGCGCCUGAUGGCAAACCCUGAAUACUGAAUACGUACGUUUUUUGGUUAUUGCGACCGCUGAGUUCUUGUUUGCUCGGACGUGUACGCUGGGAGGGGUCCAUGGCCCAUGCCAUGUGUAUAGUAUACGUGCCAGACAGCAGUUGAUGCACGUCUACGUAGUGUGCGUGUGUGCGAGGUGUAAUGAGAUUUGGGCAUUCGACA